AUGGCGUCUACGGCAUUUCCCUCCUUAGCAAAAAAAGUCCAGCUCUCCGACGGCACAACGUACGGCUAUGUCGCCGUUCCUCCUUCGACCCCAGGCCAGGUCUCCUUCCUCCUUCUCCAUGGAUAUCCGUCUUCGUCGUAUGACUGGCGUCACCAGAUACUUGGUUUGCAGGAUGCCGGAUAUGGUGUCAUUGCGCCGGACCUUCUCGGAUACGGCGAUACAGACAAGCCCAGUGAUCUGAGCGCUUAUCGCAAUAAAACCAUGAGCAAACAUAUUAUUGAGAUACUGGAUAGAGAGGGCAUAGAUAAAGCAGUCAUGGUGGGGCACGAUUGGGGAGUUGGCCUCGCAUCCCGUCUAGCAACGUACCACCACGAUCGAUUCUACGGUCUAGUCACAAUCGCCGUCGCAUACAUUCCGCCCGGCAUGGACUGGGACGUCGACUCCAUCUGCGAGAAGACCAAAAGCAUAAUCGGCUACGAAACCUUCGGCUACUGGAAAUGGCACAGCACCGACGAGGCGGCGGAAGACUGCGCCAACCAUCCCGCCUCCGUAUUCAGCCUCCUCUAUCCCAACGAUCCCUCUCUUUGGAUAUCCGACUUCGCCCCUACAGGGAAAGCAGCCGAAUUUGUCCGCUCUGGACGCACCACUCCCCUCCCUCCCUGGUUUUCCGCCGAAGAGUAUGCCGUUCACAGUCGUAUCUUCGCCGAGGGCGGCUAUGCCGGGCCCCUUUCGUGGUAUAAGGCAGCCAUGCGGGGUGUUGAUGCUGACGAUGAGGCUGCUAUUCUGGAGGAAGAGAAGCUGUGUCCGUUGCCGAACUUGUUCGUAGCGGCGAAGUACGAUUAUGUCUGUCGGGCGGAUUUGCAGAGUGCUUCUUCGCGAACGGUGGCUCCUGGUGGGAGGAUUGAGGAGAUUGAUGCUGGGCAUUGGGUGCAGCUGGAGCAGCCAGAGGUGGUGAAUCGUCUGCUGGUUGAUUUUGCGGAGGAAGUGAGGGUGUGA